AUAAAAAAUACGUCAACCACUGUAAACGGUAGUUGACUGUCCAGAUAAACUGUGAUGAUUGACAGCUGUCAGAACAUUCAGUGUUUUAAUUCCUAUUACGAGCAGCGAGUCUAUUCCGGAUUGUUCACACAAAGCGUAGCAGAUGACGAGAAACAGUAGGCUAACGUUACCUUUAAAACAGUCCGUGCAACCGUAGCUCAAUGCUAACCAGUUUUGCAGGAUUUGGGCAGAAGCAGACUGAUCAUGAGCACAGAGACUCAUGUGAAGGACAUUAAACCUGGACUCAAGAAUCUCAAUGUCAUCUUCAUCGUGCUGGAAACAGGACGAGUGACGAAGACCAAAGACGGUCAUGAGGUGCGCACGUGUAAAGUGGCCGACAAGACGGGCAGCAUCAGCAUAUCGGUUUGGGAUGAAGUCGGUGGACUCAUUCAGGCUGGUGACAUCAUCAGACUUACCAAAGGUUACGCCUCAGUUUUUAAAGGCUGUUUGACACUGUACACUGGAAGAGGAGGUGAACUACAGAAGAUUGGAGAAUUCUGCAUGGUGUAUUCUGAGGUGCCAAACUUUAGUGAGCCAAAUCCAGAAUAUCUGUCCCAGAUUAAUAAAACGGGACUGAAUGACCAGAGCAACCUGAACAGCAGCACUGGAGCCAAUGCAGGUAAUGACACUCCCAAUGGAAACGGGGUGAAUUCUCAAAGCUCUGGAAACUCCACUAACCCACAGCCGGCUGGACGAGCGAGUGGUGGAAACGGGAACCGGUCGACACCGAGUCCUGGUGUGGGGGGAACUUCUGUAAGCAACGGCAAGGAGACGCGGCGAACAGUCAAAAGAUGAUUUAGUUUAGUAAUGGAGCAACAUAAUCAUUUCAAAAUGGUUUUGGCGAGCAGCUAUUUGUCAUGUCUCAUCUGACGACAUGUGUUGAUAAACUUUGAACUUCAUGCUUUCAUGUAUGUUGGUUUAACUCCAGUCUUUUAAUCUCACAUAUUUUAUGAUGUAUUUCUCAAUUAGUGAACAAGUUUCUCAAAUUGUUUCACCGUCUCAGAAUGGACACACUAAACUAUUAUAGUUUUUAGCCCAACUUCCGAUUGUUCGUCAACUUUUGAUUAUCAGUUUCGACAUUAAUCUUAUUCAGAAAUUUUUAAAAUGGCAAUUUUGUCAGCUAAAAUAUGCCAAAAACAAGCAUCAAUAAGCAGGUUCCUAGCGGAUGGAAAAUGUGGAUAAAGUGAGGACAAUUGUCAAGAUUUGUAAGUUAUUGUGCCCUCUA